AUGUCUUUCGUCACCUUAAGUCCUACAAAAACUCUGCAAUCAGAUAUGAAUACAUACGAUAUCGAGCAGAGUGUUGAAUUCUCUGCUUUAUCAGCAUAUAUUGCAGAGUUAACAACCAAUUCAUCAAUUAAUCUUGAAAUUUCUGAACAAGAAAAGCAAAACGUUCGUAUAUUACUCAAUAAUUUACUUGGAAGCAUUGCUAAUUUGCCAAGAGAUUAUAUAAUGACGCAAGAAAAUACAAAAUCCUAUUCAACUGUUUUUCAUCUUGUAACAUUAGCUUUAGAUUUAGUUUGUGGCAAUGCAACAGAUGAGGCAUCAGAGCAGAAGCUUCAAGAAAUGCAAAUUUACCAAAGAUCUAUCCUGAAAUCGUUAUCUCAAAAUCUUGGCCUUCCUGAUGUGAAAACUCAGCUAGAUUUUAUUACAAAUGUCAAAUCUAUUCAAGUUUCUAGAGAUGAACUCGUUUAUGACUUAAUUAAUACAUUUAAUCUGCCUGUCACUACAACACCAUCUGAAAUUGUAGCAGCUCUUCAAGGAAAGUUUAAUGAAGCCAGCAAUGGACAUUUUGAUCAAGCACAGAAUAAGAAGCAACUCGAUUCUAUCAAAAGCCAGCUUGAAACCAAAAAUAAUGCUCUCAAUCGCAAAGAAGAUAUUAUUAAACAGCUACAAAAUAAGGUCAUUGAACUUCAAGAUGCUGUUGCUCUCAUUAAUAAGGAGAGCCAAACUAAAGAUUCACAGAUUUCCCAGUUACAAUCAAGAAUUAACACAAUUGGUGGCGACCUUGAAAGAUCUCAGAAGAAGAACUCUGUUAAUAAGCGAACAAUUGAUCAAUUAUCUAAAUCAAAUACAGAUCUUCAGAAUCAACUUAAUCAAGCAAACAAUGAAUUACAAAACCUUAGAAAGCUUCCAUCAGCAGAAUCAAAGGCUGCCGGUGAAAUUGCUUCUCUCAAGAAGAAUUUAGAGCAUGCUGAAGAAGAAAAGAACAGCUUACUCAAAUUGCUUGACGAUUUCACAGUACAACUUGAACAGCAAGCCGAUGAACUCAAUGAAGAAACAGAUAACAGAAUGUCUCUCAUCAUAGCUGUUCAAAAGUUAACAACAAUUAAUGAAAUCCUUGAGAAAGAGGUUGAAAAGGCUCACGAAGAAAUUAAGAAAGUUUCAAACGAAAAGGCCAAACAACAAUUACUCCAACAUUCUCAAGAAAUUUCAAACAAAGCAAUUGAGGAAGUCAUUUCUCAGGCAAAGGAUCUUGCAGCUAGUUCUUCAAACGAAGAACUUGAUGGAAUCUUUGAUCAGAACAAAGAAUCAACACCACAGGAAAGACUUAUUGAUGGAAUCGCAGCUCUCAUUGCUAGGGCAGAAAAUACUCCAGUUAUUGAAAGAUCAAUUACAGUAGAAGAUGAGGAGAAACCAAAAGAUGAUACAACAAAACUCCAGAUGACAAUCAAAGGCUUGGUUUCAUUCAUCCAAGAUAUGGCUGAAUCCGGAAAUAUUUCCAAAUGGGCUUCAAUUGAUGAGUCAACAUCAGAUGCUAGAAAGAAGUUGUUAAAUGAAAUUAGAAGAAUCAAUGAUUUCAUUAGUGAAAAUGCUAUUCCAUUAUUUGAAGAAUCAACAUUCAUUGAAUAUCUUGGACUCAAUGCAAAUGUUACAGAUUUCCAAGCUAAGGCCAAUGAAGUAUUAUCUCAAGUUCAAGAUGAGGAAGAUCCAAAGGAACUCUUCAAUCUUUUAACUUAUGCCAUCAUUUCAAAUGAUGUUCUCAGAAGAUAUGCAAGCCAGGCAAAGAUGACAGUUUCUCAUUUGUCAUCUUCUCUCAAAUCACUCAAAGUUGAAACACAGAAUCAACAAAAAGCAACCGAAGAGAAGCAUUACAAUGAAAAGGUUGAAUUAUUAAAUGAAUUAGAAAAGCUCAAGAAAGAAAAUGAAGAUGUUACAGAAUGCGUCAAGAAUGUUAAGACAAUUCUACAGAAUUCUGCAACAAAGGAUAAUGAUACAAAUACAAUUAUCCGUUGCAUUGAAGAAAUUAACCAAGCUAAGCCAGAAUUAAAUGAGAAUGAUUACAUCAAUGAACUUGAAAAUGUUUUGAGAACCAAGUUUAAUGACUAUAAAGCUCUUAAGGAAGAAACAGAUAAGAAGAUCGAAGAUUUAGAAGAUGAACUUGAGCAUUACAAGAAAGUUCUUACUGCAAAUAAGGAGAAGGCUAUCGAAGUUAGUGCACAACAGCUCAAUGAGAUUGAAAAGAUCAAGACAUCUCUAACAGAUUCAGAAGAAUUAAUUAACAAGUUACGUGAAGAAAAGGAGAAAUUAGAAGUACAAGUUGAAAACUCCAAGAAUGAUAUAAUCAAAGCAACAGCAGAGCUCAGAAAAGAACUCUUUAACACAAAGAAUGAACUUGAAAGUUUACAUGAUGAACAUGAGCAGAAGAUGCACGCAUUGACAGGAGAAAAUUCUUAUCUCAAGAAGACAAUGGCCGAAGUCAAGGCUAGCACUGAUAGGCAGCUUCUAAUUGCUAAGAAGGCAAUGAAGAAGGAAAUUCGGCGUAUUACUCAGCAAUCAAAUGCUAAACAAGCCGAGUAUGAGGAAGCUAUUCUCAAACAGAAAGCAGAUAAUGAUAAUCUUACUGAGAAAUUGCAUAAAGCUGAAGAUGAAAACAAGCAAAUCACCGAGUCACUUAACAAUGCCGUGGAAUAUGGAAAAGAGAAAGAAAAUGAGAUUGCAAAGAUCAAUCUUGAACAAAAACUUCUUAAGACAAAGCUCACAAGCUUUUCAGAUAAGUUGAAGAGGAACAACUCAGUCUUUGAAUCACAGAUGAAAUUGAAAUUAUUCGCAAUGGAAACCGAAUCUAGAUCAAAGAUUGACACAAUUAAAUCUGAAUGUUCUAAGAAGUUUGAUCUAUUACUCAAGGAAAUCUAUUCAACACUUGAGGAAUUUGAUAAUAAUGAUAUUCCAUUAACAGUUGACGAAGAAAACGUUUUAGAAUUAAUCGGAACAGUUGCUCAGAUUGCUCGUAAUGUACCGGAUCUUCAACAAUCAGUUCAACAAUUACAAUCAGAAAUCUUUAAUAUCAGAGAUACUCUUAAUAUUUCUAAGAGCACAAGAAUAUCUAAUAUUUCAAAGGAACUUGAACAGAAGAUGAAGAAUAGUAAAGAUGAGAUUGAAAAACUUACACAAGAAAACAAACAGAUGAAGAAAGACCUCAUUGGAAUGAGAUCUCUUGCUCAACAAGAAAAGAUUAACAGUGAAUGGGAGAAUUGGGCAAGAAAGCUCCACCUUCAGAUUUCAGAUGGAGAAAUAACAAUCAAGAGUGCAAGAGAGAUCAGACAAUCUAUCGAAGAUCUUGUCGCAUCAUCUUGCAAUGAUAAGUCGCUUUGGAUGAAAGUUGAAAGCCUUAGAGAUGAGAAGAAGCUCAUAAUGAUGGGAGCCCAUAAUAUUCAAAGAAAGAUCACACCUGCAAAACUUAACAAUAUCACGACCGCUCUAAAGUUCUUAUGCAAGAUCCAGAAAAUGUCUGGCUAUAAUUAUGAUGGAGAAUUAACUACAAUGAUCUCACACAACAAUAAUAUUACUCCGCAAAAUUCAAUUCAUAGCGAAGUAGCACCUUCUGUCAUUAGCUCAAAGUCAAAGUCUCCUCUCUUUUCACAAUUUGUCCGUGGUACUGAAGCUGAGUAA